GUGUUUAUACAGCAACCAUUUUUAAUACUUCAACCCCUCCUCUCCUAAUUGCUGUGUGUUACAUGUUCAGGACUGUGUUUAAUGUGGAACUUUCACUACUACCAGACUACCUUUACAUACAUACAUACAUAGAAGAGGAAGUAGCUCUGUGGUUGUGGUUCUCGCUUGAAACUACUGGGGUCUGCUGUUAGUGAACACAUCUUUGCAGUAAGUGUAUGCAGGUUCUUAAAUUAGGUGAAAGUUAACAAAGAAGAUUAAGCCAUGGCAGAUGAAGGGGAAUCCAGUGUGUACACGCCUCUCCUCAAAACCAUCGAUGACCCCCCGGUAAACCCAUGUCUUUCUGCUCUUGGAAAGGUCCUGACUACAGCAAUCCCAGUGACGAGUCUGAUACUAGGUAUCAUUUAUUUAGAUUCUUGUCCAAAGCAGUUUAUGAUACCAAUAUAUCUCAUUGUUUCUGGGGGAGUGUAUAUUACAUUCCUUGGCUGUUCCUGUAUUUUGGGAGUCUGUUGGAGCGAAAACGAGCAAGGCUACAAAUACAGAUGGGGUUGCCGGUCCUUUCCUUUGUUGCUGCAGUUGGCAUGGUUUAUUGCAGGUAACGUAUGGAUCUACUCCAUUUUUCAACCAGAGUAUGAAGAUGCUUCAUCCAAAAAUUACUGCAACAAGGUUCUGUACCUGUAUGCUUUCUGGACCACCACACUUGUGUACAUCUUACUUGGUACGAUGCUUCUGAUUGGAUGCUGUGCUGCAACCUGUAUUAUUGCCUUGCGUUCCAGCCUACCUGAUGGGCCUAGAAAUGACAGAUACCCUUAGUUGUUUUACCUUGCACUGGAAAUGGAUGUACAAGACUAAUUGCAAUUUCAGAAUCCAGGAACAAAAUGGCAUUGGAACUGAGGGUUUUUUGUGGCAUCACAAAAUGUCUCACCUGAACGUGAGAUGAAACCAGCCCCCCUUUUUUUCUGUGAUAGUUUAAUUUUGUAACAUAUAUGUAUUUUUCUAUGUGAAUCUAACCAGCUUGCUCUCGCAGAAGAGUUUAUGUAUUGCUAAGAUUAAUUUGGUUACAUUAAAUUAUCCUUGAAAGUA